AUGUUGGCUGCAACAGUCACAGCAGCUCUGAUUUAUUUUGUGGUGCAAAGCUCUGGAGCCUUGGCCCUUGGUGCAGCAUGUUGGGAUGAGCGCCUGUCUCGAGCUGGGAGAAACAGCAGCUGUGUGGGUGAGUUUAACACCUCGACUGUCAAACUCGUAAACACGGUUUAUGAAACAAACAGAAGUACUGAGGGCACCAUGGACUUCUGAAUACUCUGCUGUAAACAGUCUUUUCCUCUUUUACAUAAUAUUUUAAAAUGCUGCAAUGCUGAACAUAUGACAGUAUUUUAUAAUGUAUACUAAAAAGUGCCACUUGAACAGGGAAUAUUUUUAAACCCUGAGUGUAUAUAGAAGCAGUGUUUAGUAAAUCAUUUUACAAUAUUCUGUUAAGAUUUAAAGCUGGUGAGUUCUAUUUGGUCAUUACACGCUUAAUUCAGACAACAUUUUCUUUUUUUUUUUCUUUUUUUACCGAUGACAGAAAACACAGUUUUUUUAGCUGUAGGAUUCCCCCCUCUGCACUAAAGGUCUUAAUCCUUAAAGGUCUUUAAAGGUGUUUGGAUGACUAAGUCCAUUUUAACAGCUGUUCAGUUGUGGCCUGUCGUCUAUGGAUAUAUAUAUAUUAUUAAAAGUAAAAUAAAAAGGUAGCAGAAAAAAAAAACUGAAAGCAUGACUCAAAAGGGACUUCAGCGGAGCGUAUAAGAACACGUAGCAAAGAUGCAGACUCUUUUCUGAGUGGGAGUAUCUCAGGCUAAGCCUAAGUUUCUUGUGGGUUGCCACAAGAACAUCUCACAGCUGACAGCCAACAGAUGGUCAUCACUGAUGUCCUAAUGGUUCUCUUUCAAAAAUGUAAAAUUCAUGUUAGACAAGUUGAAUACAGGUUAAAAUUAGCAGUAUACAGACCUAAGUUAAGACUAUGAUGUUGUUUUGGAUAGGGGUACUUCUACCAUGUUAUGGAUGUUUUUCUCAUACUAACAGACUGAUUCAUGUACUAUUUGGUGCCCUCCUAAGAGAGUUCAGAAGGUCACGGUCAUCUACUGGAUACAGCUUUCAGAGUUAGAUUAUUUCAUUCAACACUGGGCUCUGAAAUGCAUUAUUUAAAACAGCACUCUGCCAACUUGCAGCAGGACAUACUGCGGCUGUAAAAGCAGGGUUUCGAUCUCAUGCAUCAUGGGUAAUGUUUUCAAACACAGUGUGACUGAUGAUGGAAAUUCACUUAUCCCAUUUAAGCUUUAUUUUCCAGUUGAACCACAGUACAACUUCAAAGAUUUCAGAAACACCACUAUUUAUGGAACGUACAUUAAAUGGUUUUGGUCACCUCAAGUUCCUCUCAGAAAAAGAAGUAUUGGACGCUGCCUCAAUAUAACAUUAUUCUAAAUAUCCAAGACUCUUUUCUACCUCGUGAAAUGUGUUGUAACAGACAUUUUGAAAAGUGUUAUUUAAAUAAACAUGAUAAUUAGUACAAUUACGGAUUUGGGAUAAAAAAUCUGGGCAAUAUCUUCUUUAUUUAUAUUUUCCAGCAGAAAAUUGGAAAUUCCAAUGUCGCAAAAACAAACUGAUGAAAAAUGUCUAAUUUUUGAAAAGCACUUUUCAAAGUGCUCAGACAAGUCGACAACAACGGCAACAAAAAAGGAGAUUCCGUUUCCAUUGUCUGGAGCGUAACUAUGAACCAGGACUAUCCAUUUUGUGACAGUUUUAAAAACCCAUUUCAAUUUUGUUAACAGGAAAUGUUUAAUUGGAAUGCCUGAAAGCACCCCUUUGCCAAAAACAUCUGACAAGCAAAGCUAAGUAGGUCAAGGCACAAGUUGACCACCAUGUGAACUUGUUGAUUAAUGAUUCAUAACGAUGCCUCCUAGCAACUCAGCACCACUGGCAAUCCAGGGGACAUGCAUGUCAUUAUUCUGUUUGUCUGGAGCUGCUCAUUGUUUUCUUCAUUCCACUGAGUUAAGAGAAGUAUCCAUGGCUGCACAUGAUUGUCUGAUUACCGAUGAUAGACCAGGGCACCUUCCAUCAAUAGCAAUCCGGACAGCAACGAUUUGUUUUUGCCUCAUAGCUACAUUUGACAAAGUUUAAUGGGCUCCAGAGCCAAUCACGUCCUAGUAUUAUGAAAACUUCUCUAGUACUUCCAAUGACAAACAAGUUGGAAUAGACAACUAUUCAUCUCAUUUUCAAAAGUGGAAAUGCUCCCACUUUUUGAUGUUCAUUUUCAUUCCCUAACCUUAUUGUGGUAUUGUUGCUGAAUAAAGCAAAAACCUGUGAAAGGAAAAAAACACUAAUCAUUUCAACCUCCAUUAUGAUAACUGACUAAUCUCAGAGUCAAAGGAUGGGGAGAGGGCAAUUUGUUGCUAUAGGGAAACAUGUUCUGUCUGCAAGCAGCUGAGUUAGCUCUCAUAAUUAGUCUAUUUAAAGCUAUAAAUGGACUGAGUAAAUUUGCAAAUUUGACCACUGCAACAUGACUCAAAGAGAAAUAGAAAAGCAGCAAUUAAGAUGCCAAACCUGUGCAUGCGACUUCAAAGUAAAACAGCAAAUAUGGAUUUAGCAGCGUAGGCAGCCUCGGCGUGAGUACGCAACACAAAUAAUAUUCUUAGAAAUUAACAAACUGUCAAAAAAAUCAGUAUGUAAAUGUAUAAUAAUCCAACAUGACUAAUCAGCAACUAUUGGAAUCUCUUGAGUUUGAGCAAAAAAUCCAAAUAAGCUGUAUGUCAGCUUCUCUGAACACUGCAGUUCAAUAUUUAACCCAGUAAAGGAUCAUUUAAGAAAGUAGUCAGUGGAUUAAUUGUUGAAAUAUUCAUUGGUUGCAGCCCCAUAAAACUAAAAAAAUCUAGAAUUCAUAGCGUUGAAGGUUCUGUAUAAAUAAAAGGGAAGUUCUUGGGAAUCUCACAUUGUAUACAGUGUAUAUUCUUCCUCCAAGUUUUGGGCCUUUGCCUGCCUGUACGAUGAAUGGUUAAAGGUCUUAAUCUAUUGGACUUCAUUAGAUUCAUUCAAGACCUGUAAUGCUUGAUCUCAUUCAGCUUCACAGCCCUUCUUGAUAUUCGGCCAUGGUAAAGCCAUUCAUCGGAUGGACCUUGAUGGGAAAAACCAAAGGCGGCUUGUGGCUGGGGUCGGUAGUUCUAUCCUGCUCGACUUUCAUUUCAGAGAGGGGAGCGUUUACUGGGCUGACCAACACACUGGGGUCAUCUACAAAGCAUCAGCUAGAGGAGGACACAGACAGGUGAUUAUGUAACUACUUCAAAAUGACUUCGCUGAACUGUAGGUUUUCUUGGGUGAACGAAUCAAGAGUUAAACUUUAAUGCGACAAGGAAACAUUUUUCCUGAGUUCAUAAAAUUCUAAAUCAUAAAAUUUAGAUUUGAUUGUUUGUUUUAUUACCCAGAAACUGUACUCAUCUGAUAAAAACAUCUCGGGCCUGGCAGUGGACUGGAUUUGGAACAGCGUAUACUGGACAAGUGGAGAAAAGGGAAAAAUCAAGAGGAUGGAUUUAAAUGGGAAAAAUGAAAGGACUCUUGUAAGACACCUGACACAGCCAAGUUCAAUCACUGUUGACCCAACAAGAAGGUAAACUAUGUUUCCAGUUGAGUGGAACCUCUCCUUUCAUAUAUGCUGGUGGCAGUCGAGUAGAUAAAACAAUAAUAAGGAGCUGAACAAGUGACUGCCUCUUACUCAGUUAAGAUUCUUGCAUGUUUGUGAGCUACUCCAAGUGUUUCAUCCUCCGCCAUUGAGCAUGUCUGGCACAAAGGUGCAAAAUGACAAACAUUCACCAACAACAUCAACAACUCUUGAGUAGAGAUGCUCUUACUUUUACCAAGUCAAAUAAAGUGAGUUUAAAAAGUGGGUAUCUUAAAGUGAAUAAAGGCAGUAAUGGGUUUAUAUGAGUAUCCUGGAUUAUAAUUAUAUGCAAAGAGCAUGUUGUCACUUAUUUGAGAUUAGUUGAGAUCAUUUAAAAUUCUUGAAUGUUUUUGCCUCAACCACUAUCACACUGUUUGGAUUAUUUUUUGUAUUCAAAAUUCAUUUGUACUGGAAAAGACUUUCUUGCAAUGGGUUCACAGUUUUAAACAAAUCUGUCUCAGGUUCCUCUUUUGGCUGUCUGGUGGAGGUACUCCAAGUAUCCAGCGGUCUGAUCUGACAGGACACAGGAGAACUAUGCUCAUUAAAGUAGCAGAACAACUGAAAGCACUGACAGUUGACCAGGAAGACAAGAGACUCUUCUGGGUUCAGUUUGGUCUGCUAGGAGAGAGUGCCAUAGCUUCUUGUGAUUACAACGGGAAUGUCCUACACAUCAUGGAUCAGCCUCUUCGGUGAGCGUGUUGGUCUUUUCACUUUUUAUGCUCUCACCAAGACUUUUGUUCAGGAAAUCACAUGUUUUUUUUUUCUCCUCUGGUCAGAUCUGAGUCACUCGGGUUGUCCAUUUUCCUGGAGAACUUAUACUACUCUGACGCUACAUCUCGGGUUAUCAAAAAAGUAAACAAGAACACAGGCGGGGAGUCACUGAGUGUUAACUUUAAACUAAUGGCUAAGCAACCAGUUGAUGUCAAGGUGGUGCAUCACCUCAACCAGCCAAUGGUGGAUUCCCAGUCAACAUAUCCAGGUUAAGAUCUAACUUUUACAUUAUAUAACUAGUGUUUAUGCACAUGAGAAAGUUAGCAUCAUAUAACCUUUAACUCUUUCAAACAGGCUGCAAUGAACAGAGUGGAAACUGUGUGAAUGUGUGCUCCAGUUUGGCUAAGCAAGGGACCUGCAAGUGUGAUCAAGGCUUUGUUCUCAGUAGGCAAGGAACUCAUUGUGAAGGUCAGUACUAAUGCAAUUUAACCAGUAAAUCGGUAAUGUAAAAGGUACAACAAAAUAUUUUAGUUCAGUCAUUUUAGAAUUAAAGGGUAUAACAAAAUAUAUUUACAGUAUUGGCUGCACUUUUAGGGAAAAGGUGAAAGCACUGGAAUAUUGUUUUUGUGUUUGAUCAAAGUUGGAAUACGUCUCACAAAUAUGCAGUAAAUUAUCAAUGGCCAACAAUACAAAGCACAGAACAUACUGUACAUUAUUAGUUAAAGGAAGCUUGUUGGAGUGUGUCUACUUAAACAACACUGAUAAGGCUGACCAGUCUUUGUCCUCAUGUACCAUAGAUGUGAAUGAGUGUGCCCACUGGAACCAUGGCUGCUCUCUUGGCUGUGAAAACAUGCCAGGUUCUUACUUCUGUACCUGCCCUAAAGGAUACGCCCUCCUAUCGGACAGGAAGACAUGUCGAGGUAUGGUUGGAAACAUUUGUUCCAUUUUAAAUUCUUUUGUGUGUGUGGCAGGUCAAGAAAAAAGGACCCAUGUUCGUAUCUGUGCAUACAGUUUUCCAAUCCAUGCGCACAGAUUGGGUUUGUAAUCUCUAGGCAGAGUUUUUAAAUCUGCACUCAAGGGUCAGAAAUCUAAUCUCACAGGUUUGCGAUCCUUUUGCACAAACUGCAAUCUGCUCCCCUCAGCUUGAUCUUGUUUGCUUCGUUUUCUAGUAUCUUGUAAGUCCAUGUGAGCUGAGCAUCCCUCUGGUACAUGAGAAAAUAAACUACUACUAUUUGAACUAUAGCUAUAAUACUAUCCAGCGGCAUUAUUCUUUGUGUGUGUGCAAAGCUGAGCAAUCUCUAAAAGGUAUACUAAAAGUUUGUUAAUUGCAGUAUUACAUCAAUUUAAUUCCGCUUUUUCCUUAAUUCCUUUAGUCAUACACAUCCACACUAAUUUAGAUUUUACUCAGGCAUUUAGCUCCGGGCUGUACUAAAUAUCUGUUCCGUUGAAUAGAAGAAAAAAAAACAGAUUUAUUAUUUAGCUACUUCUCUUUUUAGAGACGGCAACACUUGCUCUUUGUUCCGGCCAGGAUAAUGAAUGCGGCUCAGAGUCCACAUUAGAUCCUCUUUCCUUUUGGAAGGUGGCAUUUGUCCCCUAGACACUACUUUGACCCCACAGAGCCAAUAAAAAGGCCAGGUCAUUGGCUAGACACACUAGACCAGACAUAUGUGAGCUGCCAAUUGUGUGUGAGGCUGUUUUGUCGCCAAAGGUCUAGUCAUGCUGGACUGAUAAACCGACAGCAGACAAUUUUCAAGAAAAGGGCUCACAAUAUGACAGGACUGAAAUAAACUUCCCAGCUAUAUUUGUAAUAUUUUACUCAUCUAGUGUGAGUCUGACUGUCCUUUUCUGCUAUAAUGGAGCUCUGUUGUCUGCCAGCAUAACAACACGGUCUUCUGUGGAGAACAAAUGCCUCAGACAAUCUAAUAUUUAGACAUAAACAUAUGAAUCGCAGUCAUGGUGAAGGUAUAGAAAUCUUAUUGACUCAAAAUGUUCAAACUGAUGUAAGUUGCUGAAGAUAAUUUUUCUUAUUUUUUCUAAUAUUAUUAUUUUUUUUUUUUCACUAUUUUCUAAUUUUUUUCUACUUUAUCCGGUUUCCAAAUCAUCUUCACUGUGAUUAACCAUAUAUCAUUUUCAAGCACCGCGGACACAAUGUAAUCUCUUCUCUUCUAAUCUCACAGCCAAGAGAACAGGAAUGGCUCACACACAAUGAGAUUAGAUGAUGAGGUGACAUUUGCAAUAGGGAACAUAUCUGGUCAGCAGCUUUGUCUGUCUAAGCUGUUUAACAGACAACCUUUGCCAAGGUCCAGAAGAAAACAAGCAUGCCACCAAGUAGUGGGCUGGGCAUUGGGAACUCUGAAGGAGGGUUAAAAAACCUGGUCCCUUGUUUCUUUUAUUCUGUAUUCCACUCUCAUUCAACAUUUGUCUUCAUAAUGUAUUCUUAAAAGUUGUUUAUAACCUAUGAUUUUAAAAUUUAUAAUUUUAGCUAAUAAAGAAAAUUCAUUAAGUCGAUGAUGAUGGGUUGAAUCACGCAAUAAUUUAACCCUCCACUGCUGAGGAGAAGUCAACAAUCAUCUGUGCAUCUUGACAGUCUGUUUAACUAUUUCACAUCAGAUUCAAACCUGUACGUCCUGCCACUGUAUAACUGGCACAUAUUCACAGUUUUCAGCGAUACCACCCUCCCGUGAGCUAACAUUACAUCACCUUCACUGUGUGGGCCCUGACUGCAUUCUCAUCACACUUUCACCCAUUUUGAUAGAGUUAGGGCUGCCCUUAGACAGAGACUUAAGCGGAGCACAAGUUAAGAAGCUUGUUGUCCAGCUGGCUGCAUUACGAUCUGUUACCUGCUGAGCCCUAAAAAUAACCGGGGGAAAUCUAUACAUGUAACAGCCCUUAAUCAUCAGUCAUUGAAAAACCUUUGAGUGUUUUUACUGUUUCUUUGAGGUUUAUCAUUAUUAUUUUGGGAACUAACGAGAAUUAACAGUGUUUAACAAUCUGUUUAUGGUCCACAAUCAGAGAUCAUACCAUGUGCAAGAAACAUCACCAAGUGUGGUCAUGGGUGCUUGAUGACAGAUGAAGGUGCUGUCUGUGUGUGUCCUGAGGGAUCUGUACUGCAGGAAGAUGGACAAGCCUGCACUGGUAUGUAUGAACAUGAUAGUUCAGUAGCCGUCUAUUCUCAGACUAAUAUCUCUCGAUUAUCACUUUUCCAUUUUAACUUGGAAGGGAAAAACAUAUAAAACUCACAUUUCUUCAUAUGGAGGUGAAAUUUUCCACUGUUUUGAUCCCUUAAGUAACAUCUUCAAAAUCUUGUAAAAAGGACAAUGGGUACCAUACACAUUUUUGCACGAUGUACUUUACUUAGAGACAUUAACCAUCUUAGGGCGCUCAAACACUUAGUAUCCGUGUAAGAACUUUUUUCCUGUUACUGGUCUUAGCUCACUAUUCUCAGCAUUGUAUCGUGGCAUGGGAAAGGACAAAGACGAAGUCACCGGGGGACACAAAGUCCAAGAAUGGCGUUUGUCAUUGGCUUGAGGAUGUACAGUAUAGCCUUAAUCUAACCACAGUAAAUCCUCAUCACGGUAGAAAGCCCUGUCAUGAAUGACUUGUAAAUUUAGUUGUAUUCAAAAAGGAAGGGGUAAAGAGAUAGAAAACACACUCAUCAUCAAAUAAUCAUAAAAACUUAGGUCAUUUAAAUUGAUUUAACAACAGAGAUGUAAUUUCUUAAAAUUUUCAGAACUUGUCAGAUCAACAGUACUACUAAUUUACUAUCAAUAAGAAAAAAUCACUUGCUAAGUUCUUAGUUUUCAACGUGUAGAGCUGACACCCCUGAGCAAUUUGAGUCUAAAUCAGUCAACAGGUAUUUGAAUUAUCUAAGAGUUAAGUACACAUCCUUUUGUACAUAACUUAUUUAACUUUUGUAAUACUCGGCAAUUUCUAUAAAUAGCUUUUUUCUUGCAAAUACUCUGCACCUAUCUAUAUAUCUCUCAUUUUAGGGAUUUUAUUCCUGUCUCAGUCAACAUUCCUACAGUCUUAUUUCUAUAUCUUGUAAAAGAGCGAUAACUGAAUUUUUUUCAGGAGUAAAUUUUUGGUUAUGAUGUACAGGGACCUAAGCUCUUAUCACACUGUUUGUAUAGCCUGGCUGGGCCAUCCUGUUGUGUGAAUCACUUGCCUUUCCUUCCCAUUUCCUUUUGUGGGAAGGAACGGCAAGUGAUUCACACAACAGGAACUGUUUGUAAGGAUCAAUUCAGAGUCCCAAAAUACUUUGGUGGAUGUCACCCACUCUAUCAUCUCCACACUUCGUGUCUCGCUGAUGUUAUCCUGCCAAAUACACAAACAAAAAUGAGACACUUCAGGACUCAUCAGGCUUCUCUGCAUUGACAGAAUCUGCAUGAGUAUUUUUUGCCCUUUCUGGUAACAGUUAACAACAGUCACAUUGCAUUAUCUAUGUAGGCAUUGUCAGUGAGUUUUUGACUGUUAUAACACAUUACAAUACCUGACCUUGUAAGUCAUGAUAAAAUGCUUCAUACUGUGUUAUGAUUAUUGCUAUAAAGCAUUAUGAUCAUUUAUGAGUGUUUAUAACUAUAGUUAUACAGUGCUAUAACGUGAUUAUAACGCAUUAUAAAUGUAUUUAUAAUGCGUUAUAGAGAGAGGCGUCAAGUAAAGUGUUACCCAGUUUCUCUGCUGUUGCAGGCUGCUCAUCUGCAGACAAUGGGGGUUGCAGUCAGAUCUGUACUCCUGUCACCCCUAGUAGGUGGCAGUGUGGCUGUCUGCCUGGCUACCAGCUCCACCAGGAUAGCAAACGCUGCAUCGCCACUGGUGAGUCAUACAACGGAGGUCAUCUGAGGCUUCUAAGCAGGAUCAGAUUAAUGUUUUUUUUUUUAUACAAGUACGCUGUUAAUCAUUCACAAAUACAUACUGUACUUCGACAAAGGUACAAAAUCAAAGUAUGAGUUUGUGGGUCUGAAUCGACUGCAGUCAGUAGUUAAAUCAAAAAAUACAUUUUUCCCCCACAGGACCCCCACCUUAUCUGCUAGUUGCCAAUCUGGUGGAUGUGAGACAAAUUCAUCCUGACGGCUCCGGGGAUCGCAGCCUUGUUGAGGAGCCCAGAGGGACAAUUAUAGCUUUGGACUAUGACCCGGUCCAAAACAAGGUACGAUAACAACACCUUUUAUUUUUUAUCACAAAUUAGUUUGUUAUUUUCCAGAAGAUAGAAAGAAGUGCAGUAUAAGUGUGCACCAGUGAGACCCAAGAGUCUUUAAGGGGGUUUUUUUCUACAGAGGAUGUGGCUCAGGUUCUGUUGAAGGCUCUUAGUGACCCCUAGUGGACAAUUAUAUGUAACAGCCAUAGGGCUCAGAGUACUGAAUGAAUAUUUUCUGCUUUCACAUUUUGUAACACUGAUUAAUUUCUUUGUUUUUUUUUGUAUUUGUUUUGAAGGUGUACUUUGCAAGCACAAGGCAGAAGACAAUAGAGCGUGUCGAUUUGAAUGCUGGGUCCAGAGACAUCCUUGUAUCUGAUGGUUUGGACUCUCCCGAAGGUCUGGCUGUUGACUGGGUCCACCGCAGGAUGUACUGGACAGACAAAAGGUGGGUAGUGUUUACAAAUAGUAAAUCAUAAGGAUUCCUCUGAGUUACUGAGGCGUAUUUACCCUCUGAUGAAUAUGAGGUUGGUUUUUACAUCACAUUAAAUCAUUCUACAUUGUUUAACAUUAUCAGUAUUGAGAUGUUUUCUUUUUUUCUGUAUAUUUCUGUAUUUUUUUUCUUCCAGCAAGUCAACUGUUGAGUGCAGUAACUUGGCUGGACUAAACAGGGAAACCCUUAUGAGUGAAGGGCUGGAAGAACCCAGAGGAAUCGUGGUUCAUCCUUUUGCAAAGUGAGUUUAGCUGAGAACAGUUUGUGACUUUUUUGAGUGCUUUCAGUGUCUCUAAGAAAACAGUUUUAUCUUGUGAUUCAUUACAUUCCUAAGACUUUCUUUUAAAGUGUGUGAUGCAUGUCAUUUUAGGUCUGAGAUUGCACUUGCUUUGCUAUAAUUUCAGUCCCAUUAAUGUUUAAAAUGACUGCCCACUUUCCAGCUAUUUCAGUGUUUUGCAUGAAGACUCUAAGCCUAACUCCUAAUACUCUUCUUAAAUCUUUGAGGAAGUUGUUCUGGACUGAUAUGGGGGCCCAGCCUGUGGUGGAGAGCGCCUCUUUAGAGGGAACAGACCGUGUCGUUAUUGCUAGCGCCAACCUUGUGUCACCGAGCGGCCUGACCAUCGACUUCACAGAUGAUCGUCUGUUCUGGUGUGAUCUGAAGAGUAGUCUGGUGGAGACUGCGGCCCUGGAUGGUUCAGACCGGCGAGUCCUGUUAGAGAACCAAGUAGGUGAGGCUUCUGUAACACAUAAAUGCAUUAGUUCACUGUAUCGACAUAAAGCUGGACCCUACAGUUUGGUUCUAUAUCUAGACCUAAAUACUCAUAAUUACAUAAUUGCAUUUUCUCUUCUCUAUUCACUUUCUGAUUCAAAGACGUAUUUAAAUGAGCACAUGGUAAAUGUAUUUAUGCUCGGAAUAACGUAACUUGUGACACAGCUUUAGGCUGCUUUGCUUGCUAGGUCCAAUGUGUAUUUUUGGCUUCUAGUUUAAUAUUAUACAGGCAUUUGGGAAAUACAGGAUGACCAACAUUAGCAAUAGCCAUCAUGGUUGGUUAAGAAAUGUCACUCGUUCAAACCAAGUCUUUGUAUUAAGUUUAAGGAGAAAAAGAAUAAAACCCUGCCAUACAGUUAUGUCUGUUGCCCAUCUAAAACAAUAUUCAAAUAUGCUGAAGUCACUCUGAUUUUAUUUAAAUGUGAUUAAAAUUUCUAAUCUCACCUAAACACUCGACAUUCUCUGGUCUUCUCUCUGAUUGAUCCAGGUCGACCUUUUGACCUCGCAGUAUUUGAGGACAGUUUGUGGAUAUCAGAUUGGGAGCACAAGCAGCUGAGGAGCGUACACAAGCGCACUGGGAAAAAGCUGCAACGUUUCCAUGGCAACAUGGUCCAACCAGCGUCCAUCGUGGUGGUUCAUCCUCUCGCUAAACCAGGUACAGACUGGCAACAGGGGCUCAUUUUGACAGAAUUAUCGCCUAAGACAUUGAGAAGGAGAGCACUAUAUGAGAUUAUAAAAUAAUAUCUUGCACUUUGGUUAUAUUAUAAUUUGCUGCUUCUUGAAGAUCUUAUUUUUCCACAGCAUGUGUCAAACUUAACAAAUGAAUGCAAAAAGCACUCAAAGGAAUUUUGCACAACUAUGCUGGUAUACACUUCUAUCAAACUGUCGAGUAUUUGAGACAAAAGCUGUGGUUACAAUGACAUGCCACAGAAAAAGAAUAAUAACCUCAAUUUGAAUCACAGUUCAGUAAAUUACAGUGAAAAAGGGUUGAAUUUGUUUCACCAACCAUCUUUCUCCUUGUUUUUUUUUUACUGUUAGACUGACUGCUGAUAGGAUACUUAGUGGUAAACAUUAAAUUGACAGAACUGACGACUUCACUAAAAUUGUCUUUUUUAUUUCAUCUUGAGGUGCCGAUGUCUGCCUCCACCUGAAUGGGGGCUGUGGCCAAGUGUGUGAAAGCAAACUGGGAUUGGCUCACUGCUCCUGUCUGUCACAUUAUGUCCUAUCAGAUGAUGGAAAAAGCUGCUCGCCUGCUAUUGUUUCCAAUCAAACAACAGGUAACUUAUUUCAUGAUGUCUUGAACAGGUACAUGAACUUUGGUCUGAACUAUGAAAUGUAACUGAUUUAAGAUUUAACAUAAAUACUGACAUUAAGCAUUUGAAUAUAUAAUGUGUUACAGAUUCUGGAGACAGUGAAUCCACUGAUCUGACAUCUCUCCAAAACAAAACAUUCAAUGACGAGAGCACAACGACUGGACGGUCAACAGACUCUGAUGUGAGCAGUGAGCCGGCCCUUUACACAGACAAGAUGGUGUCAGGUAACAGUGGAACUUUAACGACAAAAUACUUCUUUUUUUUUCCUCAUUCAAGAUCUCCUAUUUUAACUAAAGUCAUGAUUCCAUGUGUCCCUUUAUCCGUCAGACCAGAAUGAAUGUUACUCGCUCCGCUGUGAUGUAAAUGCGCAGUGUCUGCUGAUUGCUGGCAACCCCACCUGUAGGUGUCAGGAAGGUUUUACGGGUGAUGGACAGUUCUGUGUCGGUGAGUAAUUUCAUCUGUUACAUGUGGUCGUGUAUCCUGAAGAGAGCUUUAGGGAUUAUAUUUGAUGCAGAAACUCUUUCAACUCGUGUGUUUAGGGAUUUAAAUUUUACAUUUUGGCAGAAGUAACAGCAGUGAGAGAGGAGCAGAUCCGACUUCAGGCUAUAUUGUCAUCUCACAAAGACAGAGUUUCUCUAGAAGCAAAGAUUAUCACGACAUUACAGAGGAGAGCUGAACUGCCUAAAAGAUGAGGUUUAGAACGUUACUUAUGUACUAGGGAAGUCAACUACAGAAUACAACCGUAAUUCGCAGAAAGCUGAGAAAUAUGAUCAAAAAUAGAUUUUAGAGAUUUGCACAUCAUUUAAUCUCUAGGUUUAAAAGAAAGUAGUGCAAAACAACAAAAACUGAAAACUGUCCUGCUAACACGUGCAUGGCUUUACCAGAAAAGGCACUGUCUGAAUAGAAGCACAUGUUACAUCAGAACCCCUAUCAGCAUUUACAGUACCUUCCAAAAUAUGUAAGCUACCCAUACCGUGGCCACUUACGAAUCCCCAUACUAAUGUUCUGUCAAUGACAAAACCUCAAGAAUUUGUUACAGUACAACCCUGAGGGACACCAUUCUGACAUUGUUGAACUUUUUGCUCGCGCAGUCUCUCACAGGGUGGUUAACUUCUACCCAACUACAAAAAUGAUUGAUUAUUUUACACACUGUCCACUAUUUUUGAAAUAGGAUUGUAGUAAAAACUUUGAUGCUGUUAAUACUGCAGAACUGUAAGUCUGUUUCCCUCUGUUACAGAUAUCGAUGAGUGUAAACAGGGGACUCAUGCAUGUGGGAAGAAUGCUGAGUGCCAAAAUAACUUUGGGAAGUAUCUGUGCAAGUGUCAGGCUGGAUACCACGGCAAUGGGAAGACAUGUCAAGGUUUGUCUUCAUUAUUUACUGCCGAUACAGUAUUCAACACAUUCAUAAUCUUAAUCUUUCUUAUUUAUAAGAAAUUGCAUGGUGGAAAUAAAUGGCCAUGGACAGGAGACUUGAAUCAUUAAUGACCUGUCCUUUUUUGUUAAAUUACAUCACUUAUCCUCUUUAGUGUUGGAGAUCACAUCACCGUGGGUAACCACUGAGAGUCCGGCUGAAGUCACCACCCAGCACUACAACAGCAACUCAGUGGAGAGCUGCCCCUCCACUCAUGACUCCUACUGCCUGUACCAGGGUGUCUGCUUCUACUUCCCUGAAAUGGAGUCCUACGCUUGCAAGUAAAUAAACCCUCUGGUGUACUCUGUCAAUUUGACCUUUAAACUCCAUUUUCACCUGUCAAAGCUGAGUUUAGAUGUGAAACUCACUUUUUUGUACAGAAUAAUUUAAUUAUUGUUUUGUAGUGGACAAUUUCUAGUUAUAAGAUGUUCUUAAUUUCUACAGGGAUGUUUGUAAAGACCUCCUGAACCACAAAAAUAUAGGCUUGUACUGCAUCUUCAUUUCUUACAUGGUAACUACUACAGCUGUCUGGCAGUAGGUGUCACUAUUGUCACAUGAUUUGACCAGCUUUCUAGUGACAAAUUAUCCAACUGACAGCACCUACUCAAAACAGAUUUAAACACCAGUGCAGCAUGAAAAAUUGUUCUGAUACACCAAAUAUUGACUGCUGUGAAAAAGUCAGUAAAGGGCAUUGUUAAGUAUGAAUGUACCAAAAAGAAGAAAGGAGAAAAAUUUGUCAUAUCUGAAAACAAAAUAUCUGAUUUCACAAAUAUUAAAUCAAACUUUAAAUGGUGAUUUUGUUCAAUCUGUUGCAGCUGUGUAUCAGGUUAUAUGGGGGAGCGGUGUCAGUUCAGUGACCUGGAGUGGUGGGAGCUCCAGCAGGCCGAGGAGGAGAAGAGAAGAAACGUGGUCAUUGCAGCCUGCAUGGUGGUCCUGGUUUCCCUGCUCUCCAUCGCUGCCUGUGUCACUUACUGCUUCGGGUGAGAAAGAGGAGAGGGGACAAGUUAUAAGUGAGCUCCACGGCAUAUUAAACUUCACUGUUGACCAGCUGAGAGCAAAUCAGGAGUAGUACAAUGAUAUCAAAUGGUUCAUUACAGUCUGAAUAUGAACUUUUGCCUUAGAGUUCAAAUAAAGGUUCAAAUUUUGGAUAAAGAGUGAGCAAAAGAAAGGAUGUGGCAUACUUGACUUUGUAGCUGACAAGUCUAAGACAGUCCAGUUUUUUUAUAUUAAAUAUUUGACCAAAAAUAGGAUAUUUCAGUGGCUAAUUUGAUUCCCUGCAAAGAGAUUGUGCUUUGGUUGCUAUAACAGCCUGCCAUGCUGUUGCUUCUGAAUGCUCUGACACAACUAUUGCACAAAAUGCAGAGCUGUGAUUGAUAAAAAUGACCAAUUAGGGUUCCUCUUAUUAGUCUUCUAGAUCCAAAUCAUUCUUUUAGGGGGAGCCUUGAAAAAUUACCAAAUUGUUUUAUCUUAAAAGUAGAGUUAACAAAACAACCCAGCCAGAUAGAGUGAUCUAUUUUAGUGCCCUUACAAGAAUAUCAAUCAUGGAUGUAUAGGAGUCAUAACAUCUAAUAGAUGUUUUCAAAUGUUAUAUAUGGAGAUUUCUAGUUUAUACAGCCACAUACUUCCAUGUAUUCAUCAGUCAAUACCCUGCAAUAACCAGGCAUAAAAUAAACUUUAUAUGUUCAGUCUUGAAACAGAUGGAAGCAUUUAAGGUGGCACAGAAAGCUAAGGAGUAACUACAGAAGCAAUGAAUGAGCUGACAGCAUUUAGAGGUGUCUAUCAAACGCAGGGUGGCAUGAGCCGUGUAAUGUCGGUGUCUCAGCGUGGCAUCAGGAGGUCAGGAAGCAGAUCACAUGUGGAACGAAUGGGCAGCAAGCGACCCUGGUUAGCCGAGUGAGGAGCACACGUAAACUCCAAACAGAAUCCCUCCUUCCUCCCGUUUUCACCUGGGCUGUGUGUAAAGAGCUGAUUUGUUUUAUGGUUGUUUCACUGGCUUAUAAACAAGGCUCUUGGCAUUCUCCACUCUUUUGACUCCUAGAGCACAACCCCCUGCACCACCACCUACUACAUCCUAAUGUGAGCAGUCCUAGUUCCCCUGUGGAAGUGGCACGCUUUCAAUUACAUGCUUGGUUUAGCUUGUUCUACAGCAAUUACACAUAAAAAUAGGUCAUUUCUCAGCUACAGAAUGGAGCCGCUGAGGUAUGACCCCAGUGGAAACGCUACAUGGCCGCCAAUAGCUCUGCCUCAAAUUGCCUUCCGCACUUGACUGCAAGUGCACUUACGCAGUUUGAGUUUGGUGGUUAGUUUCCUCUGCAACACACACAUAUGCCAGUUAAGUAUCAUACAGUAAACAGCAAUAUGGGAUAAAAAAUAAACAUGCAAAAUAUAUCCACUAAAAACCCAGACACACUCAGGGCAGAUUAUCACUAAAUCUAAAUAUAUCCUUCUUGCUUGUAUGUGAUGAAGGUGAUUGUCAAAAGAAAUCAACUUUUAUUGCAGCAUAUGUGUGCGCAAGGAAAGUGCAUGACCUUACACUGUAAACAGGUUAUCCUCAGGUCACCUGUCUUUUGAUUUAGUAAUUAAUUGAGCAAUAGGACCGAUUUGAUAACCGUGUAAAUGCCACAUGUUAAUUUGAGGACCAUUGAAUUUGACCGUUUCAUUAGGAUAUAUCAUUUGUAUGCUUUCUUUGUCUUUAUGAAGGACCAGGAGAUUCUUCCACAAACAGCCCUCAGUGGAUAAUGUGAGUGAGACCAGCGUGACAGAUGAGAGCAUGUCAGAGAGCACCACCACCAGUGUGCCGCGGGUGAGACUAUCAUCAACAAGCUCUGAAUAAACAAAUAUGUCUCUAAGUAAAGAAAGUCUUUCAAUGAGCCAGAGAUUGAAGUGAUUAGAUUGGAGUGGAACCACAGAUAUCAGUGACAUCAGAGUCCAUUCAUAAAUCUUCUUAUCUUAAUUAUUAAUUUAUUAGGAAAAAAGGUACAUGUUAACAUAACUAAGUCUGCAAUGAUUCUGUUUUAAAUUGAUUUGAAUGAAGUGCCAGUGACUACAAUCAACAGACAUCCAUUUAAUAUAUAUAUAUAACUUAUAUCAGCCCUCGACAGCCGAGCGUCUCUGGUGUGAGGUUGAUACACAUCUCAAUAAGUUUAACUGCAAAGUUUUACGAAGCAGCGAACUAAAGCAGACUUCGUUUUUGAAUUUUAACCAAAUAAAAGUUAUAAAAUGUUUGUAUUAAACUGAUAAAACUCUUAAUUAACUCCUGGAUUUAUGUGCAGUUCUACAUGGUGGUGGAGGACAGCGUUGGGGGAAUGGUCAUCCCUGCUAUGGGCUGUCCCAGGAGAGCAGUCUGUCCGUCCUGCUCUUCAGAAACAGGUACCCCAAACUAAUUUUAUCAAAACUACACCAACCCAAGCAAACUGUACUGAUUCUAUUCUUUUUCUACUAAAACUAAAAUAAAUCUGCUCCAAGGGUUUACUUUUUUUUUUUUUGUUUGUUUGCUACAGCUGACAACCCUGUGACUGACGAGUCGGGAACACUGUCCAAACACAACAGAGGGUAUGAGUGUUCAAUGGUGUCUGCUGUUGCCAUGGAGAUUGCAGAGUCCCCUGUCCAUCACUCAAGUCCAUCACUGUCAAGCUCAUAUACCUGUACAACUUUCAAGCCACCACUGCUCUCAGAGACUACCUGCCCUGAGCCUCCUGCUUCAUAG